AUGGUCAAAUUAUUGAUGCGAGGAAAUUCGACAACCGAAUUUCCUGGAAGGCAAGCAUUAGUAUCACGAUAUUCAUCAUUUGUUAUUCUUGGAUUAAUUGUAUUAUUUAUUAUUGUCGCAUACAUUCAGCAUGUUUACGUGAAAUACGAGACACGUGUUCGUUCCAGACGUAGAAAACGUCAUAAACUUAUACUCAAAGAAUGCAGUUAA